AUGACGCUGAAAUCAAGAACCCAGGAAUAUCGGCAUUUUAGCGUGUCAUUUCCGCAUGAACGAGUAGUUCAAGUCACAUUGAACCGACAAGAUCGGUUGAACUGCAUCAACAAGGCGACCAGUCGAGAAAUACAGGAAAUAUGGGAACUCUUCGAUCAGGAUGAAAGCUUAUGGGUCGGCAUCAUCACAGGUUCUGGGAGAGCUUUUUGUACCGGAGCCGACCUUCAUGAAUGGAACGAAAUGAAUAGAAACGGGGUUGUUAAUGAUAUGAGCGCCCCUGGUUUGGCUGGUCUGCCUCGUCGGAGCGGCAAGAAACCUAUUAUUGCAGCAGUCAACGGGAUUUGUAUGGGAGGAGGGUUUGAGAUGGUGGCAAAUUGCGAUCUCGUUGUAGCGUCAUCAUCUGCAAUUUUUUCGCUGCCGGAAGCGAAGCGAGGGAUUGCAGCCGUCGCAGGCUGCCUACCACGAUUGACACGGACACUUGGAUUACAGCGCACGAUGGACUUGGCACUGACUGGCAGGAAUGUGACAGCCAAGACUCUCUAUGAAUGGGGCCUCGUAUCCCGUCUGGUCAACUCAGGGGAAGAUGUGGCUCAGGCCGCCCUUACACUUGCGCAGGAAAUGUGUGAAAACAGCCCCGACUCGCUUAUUGUCAGUCGCCAGGGAAUUCGCUUGUCCUGGGAGUCAAGCAAGGUAGAGGAUGCAGUUAAAAUUCUGGAAAACGAAUGGUACCCUCGCCUGAUGGCUGGCGCCAACUUUCGUGAAGGUAUUCAAGCGUUUGUGGAGAAGCGACCGACGAAAUGGGUCAAUUCAAAGCUUUAA